AUGGCCGGCGCCCAACGGCCUGCCUCGGGCUUGCCGACGAGAAGAACAACAGCAACAACAACACGGCCAACGACGCGACGGAGGGGCUCAACAGCAACCCAAAGAUCGGACUCACCUGCGACUGCGAUGAGACCGCCGACUGCCAGUGGACUGCGCGGAUCAAAAUUACCGAGCGAGCCGGCGAGCGUGAUUAGCAAACGAAAGGAAAGAGAUUACGAACGCGGAGUCAACGAGGAUACCAGUAUCCAUGUAGUCGUGCGAUGCCGGGGACGAAAUGACAGGGAAAUCAAAGAGAAUAGUGGUGUGGUGGUAGCGACUGAAGGUGUCAAGGGAAAGACGGUAGAGUUGUCAAUGGGACCAAACGCGGUGUCGAACAAGACAUACAGUUUCGAUAAAGUCUUUUCGCCAGCUGCGGAUCAGACUAUUGUCUACGAAGAUGUCGUUCUUCCCAUUGUUAAUGAGAUGCUCGCCGGUUACAACUGCACCAUUUUUGCCUACGGUCAAACAGGAACCGGUAAGACGUAUACGAUGUCCGGCGAUAUGACCGACACAUUGGGAAUCUUAUCCGACAAUGCUGGUAUCAUCCCGCGCGUAUUAUAUUCGUUAUUCCACAAACUCGAGGACACAGAGAGCACCGUGAAAUGCUCGUUCAUCGAAUUAUAUAACGAGGAUCUGCGUGACUUGCUGUCAGCAGAAGAAAACCCAAAGUUGAAAAUAUUUGAAAACGAGACGAAAAAGGGCCACGUGAGCACAGUGGUUCAGGGAAUGGAAGAAACAUAUAUCGAAUCCGCGACGUCCGGCAUUAAGUUACUGCAGCAAGGUAGCCAUAAACGACAGGUUGCUGCCACCAAGUGCAACGAUCUGAGUUCGCGAAGUCACACUGUUUUUACGAUCACCGUCUACACCAAACGAACGACGGAUUCAGGGGAGGACUACAUCAGCUCUGGGAAGUUGAAUCUGGUCGACUUGGCUGGCAGUGAGAAUAUUCAACGCAGCGGUGCCGAAAACAAGCGGGCAGCAGAGGCCGGCUUGAUCAACAAAAGUUUGCUUACAUUGGGGCGGGUUAUCAAUGCGCUUGUCGACAAAAGUCCCCAUAUUCCAUACAGGGAGUCGAAACUCACCCGUCUUUUGCAAGAUUCCCUUGGUGGACGAACGAAAACGUGCAUCAUCGCCACAAUCUCGCCCUCAAGGAGCAACCUUGAAGAAACAAUAUCCAGUUUGGAUUACGCAUUCAGAGCGAAGAACAUCCGAAAUAAACCGCAGAUAAAUUCUACAAUGUCGAAGAAGACUCUGCUUCGUGAAUUUACCUUUGAAAUCGAGAAGCUGAAGGGCGAGCUUAUUGCUACAAGGCACCGAAACGGUGUCUAUAUGACCCCAGACGCAUACGAACAGAUGACAAUGGAGAGCGAAUCUCGCAGGAUUGUUAACGAGGAACAAAGAGCGAAGAUUGAAUCGAUGGAAUCGAGUCUGCGGAAUAAGGUCCACGAACUCUUUACUUUAACGAGCAACUUCAACGGACUCAAGCAGGAUAACGAAGAGACACGAGCAGCGCUUAAUGACACCAAUGAUGUUCUCGAAAAAACCGAAAUCGUUCUCAAAGACACAAAAUCGACUCUUGAAGAAGAAGAGAUGUUGCGGAAAGCUCACGAAGACACAGAGGCACAUCUUCAUGACAUUGGGACAGGACUUCUAUCAACUUUGGAUGAAACUGUUGGGGAUGUUGAUGGGCUGCAUGCAAAAUUGGAGCGCAAGGCUGAACUCGAAACUCUCAACCAAGAAACGUGGCAAAGAUCGACGGCAGAGGUCUCCGGUGUAACUACGCAAAUUGACGCCCGAGUAGAGGAGUUCCAGUUGCACCACUCCCAGCUUGUCGAAAAUAUGUCCAGCAAGAUCGGCCAAUUCGUCGAAAAUGAGAUGAGGAACUUCCAAGCGAGCCAGUCACAGCUUCAAGUUUUCACAUCCUCCUUUGAUCAAGCAAAAUCGGAGGCCAAGACCCAAACUUCAGGUGCUCAUGAUGAGAUGAAUGACGUCCUAGAAGAAAUCAAGGAUCUACGGGAAGAAGUCAAGAGCAAGGUUGGGGCCGGAUUGAAUGGCCUAUCCGCAGCUGCGGCCCGCAUCUCAAAAGAGGUCAUUGGCGAAUUUUCUGAAUUCCAUGCUCAGCUCCAUUCAUCUUAUAGCAGCCUUGGCAAGGACUUCAAGUCCAUGUUUGAAAAUGUCGUAUCUCACCUGGAUGAACAAAAGGCUGAGAUCCACAAAUUGCGCCUGCAAGUUCAGGAAGCCAACCGUCAGACAGUCGAGGCAAACCGCAGGGCUUCAUCUCAAUUGACCCAAAGCCUUGAAGAGGAACAUGCCACUGCGGAGGCUGAACGGGAAGCCCUUCUGUCACAGUUCAAAUCGCUGAUGGAAGAAUCCCGCCAAAAGCAGUUUGCUCGCCUCAGGGGCAAGUUCGACCACCUACGCACAGAUCUCUCAUCUUCGGGCGACUUAUUGGAACAGUCUACUACCCAAUACGACCGCCAUGUCGACGAGUGGGUCUUCAAGUCUGAGCAAUUUGCCAAGGAUGUCAACGCCUCUCGGGAUGAGAUCAAGACUAAGAUGCAAAAUGACUGGGAGGUAUUCAAUCAACGGAAUGGGUCUAUUCAAAGAGCUACUGAGUCGGUGCACGAGGAAACAGUCCGCAUUGUGGAUGCACAGAUGAAGGACAUGGGUAAACAGAUGGAGGCUUUGGAUGAUUUCGUGGCCAAAGCACGGUCCCACAAUGGCCGCUACUAUGAAGCCCAUCUGGGUAGUCUGGACACCAUGGCAGACAAUGUUCGCCGGUCGUAUUCGACUGUCCACGAACAGUUGCAAGGCUUUGGUGAUCGGGUUGGUCAGCUUCAGGUUGAUGCCGUCGAACAGAGGCAAGGACUGAAUGAAUCAACCGUGCCUUUGUCCGAGGAAGUCCGCAAACCAUUAUCAGAACUGCGUUCCAAGAUCCAGAGCAGACCCAUCAAAGAGUACACCAUUACUGGUGUGACACCCCAGAAACGACACUACGAAUAUCCAUCGACAUUGCCACGUACGGACCCGCAUGAUACACUUAUUUCAAAAUUGAGAGGAGCCACAGAACUCGCGGCUUUGCCAUUCAAUGGUGAUGAUCAACUGUCUGCUCUUGACAGUUCUCCUUCUGGUUCGCCGCCCAAAGGCUUUGUCUACAACGACGGUGAGGAUGAGGUACGGACUCAACCACCUCCCCCAACCAACGUCACACCUUCCAACACAGGCCUUAGGGAAGUCGAUGCAAACGUCGCCGCCAGACCGCUCGGGUAUAACACCGAUGGCGAAUCCCCUGCUGCCGAUCUGUCGACAUCCAAGGUGCGACCAUCCAUGGAAGCCGAUUCCGUCGCGGAAGAAGACGAUUCGGAACAGCCACCCUCGAAAAGGCAUUGUUCCACUUCGGCAGUGGGUGAUGGCAAACUUCCGCAAAAGCUAUUAACAAAAAAAAUGGCUGGAAUGAUGGGAGGCAGAGAGAAUGUCCCUCCGACAGGCUCGACUGGAAGAAGACUUAGAAGCCGCCCUUCUAGUGGAGCACUUUAG